GGGAGGGAGUGGCUCGUUGUUAUCGUGGUGGGGGGAGAUGUUGAUAGAUUUCAUUUGGUUGUUUAUAUUUUUGGGUAAACUUUCAAUCUGUUUAGAAAGCUUUAUGAUAAUUUUAACAUCCUUGCCCGUCACAUACCACCACUAAGCUACAUGUAAACGAAUUUUGUUCCAUCUUACAAGCGUUAUCGUCCGUAAUAACAUUUUAUCUAACCUAACCGAUAGCCGACCGAUACCGGUAUGGGUUUGUCAAACUUAUCUAGGUCCUUAAUUCUUGAAUAUGUCUUCGCUUUCGUUCUUCGAGUUUGGUUGUACAAUUCUGAAUUUAAGACGACCAUUAUUGGCCGUGUUGAAGUUUCCACUCCCGUUAACUCAUGGAAAAGAGUGACGGAGGGUGUGGUGCUGCAAAAAGAUGGAGUUAAUCCAUAUAGCGGUGACAUGUUUCAUGAAAGCCCUGUUGGAUUAGCUAUUUACAGCCAAUUGAUAGAAUAUGCGUCUCCAUAUCUGCCGGGCAUUUUUAUUCUUUUAGAUCUUAUCACUGGCCAUUUACUGUACCUAACAGCAGUCGAAUAUAUGAAACACUUGAUGCGGCGUCAGGAGGAGGACAAAGCAGAGUUCAGUGAAGAUGUGAAAGAUCUCUUGCUGUCACAGAAAGAUGUUGAGAGGCAACCACUCUAUGUUGUUGCAGCAUACCUGUUCAAUCCCUAUAUUCUAUUUAAUACUGUGGCUCAAACAACUACUGUUUUCAGCAAUAUUUGUCUAGCUGCUUCAUUUUUAUUUAUGGCCAAAGGUAAUCGUUGGGGCUCAUGUGUUACUAUAUCCUUUGCUACUCUGCAAUCUUUGUAUCCCAUUGUUCUGAUUGUGCCUGCGGCAAUAUGUGUUGGUUACCACACAUUGCCAAUUAAGAAGCCACAAAAAUUAACAAAAGCCAGAGCCAUUGCACCAGUUAAACUGGACAUUUAUCAGAAAAUGUUGCCAAAGUCAUUGCGAUCGGUCAAUUCUACCCAUUGGAUAACUUCUAUGGCAACUACAAUUGGCUUGUUUUUUGUAAUGCUUACUUCCCUUCUUUUUCUAUCAUGCCACUUGAGUGGUGGCUGGGAAUUCCUUCACUCAGUAUAUGGGUUUAUGCUCUUGGUACCAGAUUUGCGACCAAAUAUUGGUUUGUUUUGGUACUUUUUCACUGAGAUGUUUGAGCAUUUCCGUCUCCUCUAUUUAUGGGCCUUUCAAAUGAAUGCGCUUGUUUUGUAUCUUCUUCCUCUUUCAUUGCGGACUCGUAGGGAUCCUAUCCUCUUAGCUGCAUCCCUCACGGGUAUCACUGCAAUGUUCAAAUCCUACCCAAGUCUAGGCGAUGUUGGAUUCUACUUGUCCCUUCUACCCAUGUGGGCUCACAUAUUCCCUUGUAAGAAAUUUUUCCUUUCAUUUUUCUCCUUGAAUUUAUUAGUUUUAUUUAAUAAGGAAAAAAAUUCUGUUGCAGAUUUGCAGCAAGGCUUCAUUGUUUUAGCUGCAUUUAUAAUUACAUCAGUUCUUGGACCCACAGUCUGGCAUCUUUGGAUCUACGCCCGUUCAGCAAAUGCCAACUUCUACUUUGGAGUUGGCUUGGCAUUUGCAAUUGCUCAGAUCUUCUUAAUCACAGAUAUUCUGCUUUCAUAUACAAAGAGGGAAUUCAUUCUCCGACAUGGGACAAGUACUUUGCUUCAUGGAAAGCAUGGGAAGCUUGUCUUGGCUUGAAUAAAUUUAAAACACAUCCCUA